AUGACCGGUUGGCAGCAUUUCAUCCACAGUCAUUUGGGAGUGAAAGUACCGGUGAAGGGUUGCGUUGAUGCGACCGAUCGCAUGCCACCAUUGAGGAAACACCAAGUCUCAAUUACAUGGUUGACGAAGUAUUUUAGAGAUCAUUACGAGAGUCAUCCGCUUACCGAGGAAAGUCCGGAGGAUGAGAAGGAGAGAUAUGCUCGUGUCUAUCUCAUAGGCAUGAUCGGAGGAGUGUUCUUCUCCAAGAAAGCAAGCAAUCUCCUUAGUUGUGGAUGGCUUAGGAUCAUCUUCAGUAGUUGGGAGGAGAUGGGGGAGUAUAGUUGGGCAUCUGCUUGCCUAGCUAUGAUCUACCACAACUUGUGCAAUGCGUCUCUAAAAGCCGUGAGGGAGGUCGGCGGCGCAAUGUUCAUCGUCCAAUUUUGGGCUUGGGAGCAUAUGCCAUGGCUUGCACCGGCCCAACGUCCAGACAGGGAUUGACCAAUCGAUCAUCCCCUAAGAGGUGAAGCUUAUGGAGCAAGGUGGCUUGGACACACAACAUGCGACAACCUUGCCCAACACAAGUUGGAGGAGUAUCGGAGGAGGUUUGAGCGACUUUGGGAAGGAGAG